GAUGUGUUGUGUGUCUGAUCUGGAUAUAAGGCUUCCGAUUUUUACACACAAUUAUGCUUUAUUGUGUCUCUGCUGUGUUUAUUUUCACUGGUGUGUCUGGCGUGUCUGCGAUAGACGUGUACACUCCAGCCGAGCUGUUUGCUGAGAACGGGACCACAGCCACUCUGUCCUGCAGUUUCAAGUCUAGAGAAGUGAUCAGUAGUUUAGCGUCAGUGGUGUGGUCUUUCCUUCCGGAGGGAGAAACAGGAGCAUUCACUUCAAUCUUCUAUUACUCCGGUGGGAAGCAGUUUCCGGGCUCGGUGCCGCAGUUUAAGUCUCGUGUGGAAUGGGCCGGAGACAUGAACAAGAAGGACGUGUCGAUCCGUGUGCUCCAGAUGCAGUUCAAGGACAACGGGACGUUCAGCUGCGACGUGAAGAAUCCUCCAGACAUCUCCAGACAGAUGUCCUUCACUAAAGUCAGGGUGGUCCUGCCUUAUACACACUUCUGUUUGAAAGGCAUUUGACUGACUGGAACCUGUGCGUCUUCGUGUCAUUCAUCAGAUCAGAGUUGAAACUGAAAAUAUGAACACCGUUAUAAAUAUCUGUCAUGAUGAGGAGAAUCUGUGUCUCAAUCUGCAGAAACACUGUCGUUUCCUACAGUACUGCAUUUCUAAUGCUGUGUUUCUGUUGUUCUCUGUGCCAUAAA